UCAGAUACAUUAUUAUACAUAAAUUUUGCUAUUGUAGUGAAUAUGUAGUUAUAAGAUGAAUUGUAUUUCACCAGCAUAUACUAAUCUCAUCAAGCUGUGGACCUUUGCUGCUAUUAUAAUAUAUGGUUCUGCAGUAAAUGCCCAAGCUCCAUUCACAUUCUCUGCGUUAUCUCUACAACCCCCAAUAUCAUCAGUUGGUUCAACUGCCACUGCUACUUGUAAUGUGACUUAUAUUGGGAGUGCAGCAGCUACAUUAACAUGGAAAAUAAAUGAUGUUACAGUCGAAGGAUACCAGAUUGAAAAUGGAAAAGUUCCACUUCGUGCUAAUCCACCUUCUAACAGUUAUGACACAUCAUCAAGCACAACAACAUCCAUUGUUAACACUGGUGACACUUUCCCCGUGAGCCUUGAAAUCAGGAAUGUUAAUUUGACCCUCAAUCAAGCAACAGUUUCUCUUAGUUGUUCGUCAUUCGGUUGUAUCACUCAAGUUCAGUUACAUAUCAAAGAGUGUUCAUCUCCAACACCCAACAAUGUUCCAGUCAACCCAUCAAGUGGUGUCUACAACACUCAAGCUAACUUCCAGUGUUCCCAUGGUUCAACUUUAUUUUAUGUAAACGGAACAACUGGAAACACUGCAACCAAAUGCCUUGCUACAGCAGAGUGGGAGAAUGAAAAGAUAGUUCAAUGUUGGGCAGCACCAACUGCUACAUUGAUUGGCAACAAUUCCAUUUGUGCUGGAAACAUUGCUACUUUCCAAUGUAAUGCAACUGGGGGUGUCCCUUCUUUGGAUAGAGUUGAAAUUUAUUUCAAUAAUCAAAACCAAACGUUGGUUGGUAACACAUGGACAAGCAAUCCACUGAGUAGUUCAAACAAUGGAGAUAUAGUGGAAUGUAGAGCUAUAAAUAGCUACACUGCCAUGCAGGAAUAUGCAAACUUGGGAAGAGACAGGAAGACAUUAAUUGUUCAUUGUAAGCACAAAAUAUUUCAUUGUCUGUAUUCUAUAUGCCUGUGAUUCUGUGAACAAAUGGUUUUACUAACACAACCAAUUGCAUUUGCUGUACUUUCACAUCACACUAAACUCUUGGUAUUUUAAA